AUGGCAGAAGGCCAGGAGCGAGAGGAGGCCCAACACCUCGCUGGCAGCUCGUCCCUGUCUGUGAGAUGGGUACAAGGAUUCCCUAAGCAGAAUGUUCAGUUUGUCAACAAUGAAACCAUUUGCUACCCUUCUGGAAAUUACAUAAUAUUCAUUAAUAUUGAAACCAAGGAAAAGACAUUACUCCAGUGUGUGAGUGGAAUUGUGGGCGUCAUGGCAACGAACAUCCCCUAUGAAGUGGUGGCUUUUUCAGAUCGAAGGCUAAACCCCCUCAUCUACAUAUACGACUUUCCUGGAUUGACCCAAAGGAUAACAUUAAAAGGCAAUGUUCUUCUGGAUUAUACUUUACUUACCUUCAGUUACUGUGGCACAUACCUGGCUAGUUACUCCUCUCUCCCAGAAUUUGAACUGGCCCUCUGGAAUUGGGAAUCACAGAUCAUUUUGUGCAAGCAGUCACAACCUGGGGUGGAUGUGAGCCAGAUGACUUUUAACCCCAUGAACUGGCACCAGCUGUGUUUGUCAAGUUCAACUACAGUGACCGUGUGGACCAUUGAAAAAAGUAACCAGGAACACUACCUCACAGCAAAGUCUGUAAAACUUCCUACAGAGGAUGGGUCCCUUUUGAAUGAAACAGAUAUCAUUUUCUCCAACUCAAAGCUCAAAGAUUCUAUCUAUGGACCUGUGUUUCCCGUAUCGGCCAUUGCUGGGCUAGUAGGCGAAGAGGCAGAAACUUUCAGGCCAAAGGAUGAUCUGCAUUCUUUGCUUCACCCCACCAUGCAUUGCUGGACUCCUACAAGUGAGCUGUAUGUUGGCUGUGAAGAGAGUCACCUUUUAAGGAUUAACGGAGACACUUUGAAGGUGACCGUGCUUAAUAAGACAGAAGAACCAGCACCCUUGGAAGACAAAAGAAAUCUUAUCAGACCAAUCACCUUGGCAUACCAGAAAGAAGGCAUAUUUGCUUCAGGAACAGAUGGUUUUGUAUAUUCUUUUAUUAUUAAAGAUGCAAGUUACAAAGUACAGGAUUUUAUUGAGUUAGAAGAGCCUGUGGAGCAUUUGGUGUUUUCUCCCAAUUACAAAAUGUUGCUGCUUCAAACAGAAAAGGGAUCUAUUCAUACCUACACUUUUGAUAAGCAGCCAAGAUUUAAUAAAGUCCUAACUGCUUGUGAUGGGAACUUUCAGGCACUUGAUUUCAUCACACCUGGAAACAAACAUUUCAUGUCGACCGUUCUGGCUUGCUCUCCCUCCUCACUCUCUGCUGCCGUGGGGACCGUGGGUGGCGCAGUCUGCUUCCUGGAUGUCUCUAAUGCCAAAUCCCCUCAGGAAGUGCACCGGGCCUUUCUCUCCGAGGCUUCUGUUCAGGAUGUUGUUUAUGACCAGCGAGGAAUGUAUCUGUUUGUUGGAACAGCAGAAGGGCACAUCUUUCUUAUCAAUGCCAAGCCUUCAAGCUCAUUUCAGAUUCUUGGAUUCACAGAGGUAGAAAAAGGCAUUUCACAGAUUUCCACAGUGUCUCUUUUGGAAACUGACAUAGUGGAAGUGAUGGUGCUUAUCCCGCUUCUAGAAGUAGGAAAAAGCCGACUGGAAAUGUUUACUCUGCCUUCAAUACUGCCUCAAGUUGCUGCAACGUUUGCUGAUGAAAGAGGGAGGCUGAAAGAUCAAAUCAUCCACAAGUUCCUGUAUGAGAUUGAGCACGUCCUCUCCUCUGCAGUCUUGGACUUUCAAAGCAACCGCAUUUUGGGCUUCUGUAGCCAUGUGCCAUACAUCUGUAGCUAUCUUCUUCCUGAGAAAGAACAUACUGGUAUUUGCGUUCUUAAACCAUUCCAAAAAUUACAAAGCAGACAUUAUGGCCAUGGAAAGAUAUAUCUGUCUUCUCAUGGAUUGUGGCUCUUAACAACAGCUAAAGAUGGAAUUCUGUAUAUCCGAGAUGCGCAUACUCUGGAAACGCUUGUUUGGUGUCAGAGCCAUUCUUACCAGACACAAGGGAUUCAGUCGCUGAAGAUUUCACUGGAUGGACAAGACAUUCUGGUGAAUGGGAAAAACGAUGGCACCCUUGUUUGUCUAAAAUGGAAGUACGUAUUGUACACAGCAUCUCAGACACAGCUGCCAAGCAUUGACUCCUCACAAGAGGAAUUAGACUCUGCCCAAGACAUGAAGAAAAUUUCCUGGAUACAAGCAAAGAGUCAAGAGGCCAUCAAAAAAGAGGUUAAACAGUUCUCCACGAAGAGGAAAGAGAUAAAGAAAGCCAUCAAAGCGCUUGCUAAAACAGUUCAGAAUAUGAUGGAAGAAAAUGAAACAGUAGCCUUUAUCGCAAAAUUAGAGGAAUCAGAGUUUAGCCUGGAUCUUGAGGAGUUGGAGAGGCUUCAUGAUGAAAGCGAGGAGGAAGUGGCGAAGAUAAGAAAUGAUACAGAGAUGGACAACCUAGCCAAGAGAUAUCUAGCUGAACUUAUCAAAGAAGAGUGCUGGAAUUCGAUGGCUGUGAAAGGCCGCUCUCUUAAGUGCUUUCACAUACCCUAUAUGGUUGAGAACUUCCCAAUGAAAGAGCGCACAGCUGAAGAGUUGAAAGAAUUGGAGUCAGUUUUACAACAAAAGAAGACUGAAGCAGAGUGUCUUAAACUACGGAAGGAAAUUGUAGAGGCCCAGCCUGCAGUUUCCUUGGGUAAAAAGCAUCAAGAAGAAGAUGAUGAAGAGGAUAAAGAAAACAUGAUAGCAAAAGAUACCAACUUGCCCAAUUACCUGCUUGGCAGUCUGAGCACUGAUUUUGGGGUAGAUACCUCUUUUUUGUCAAGCCAGUUGGAACUUCAUUCAAGGGAAGAUAAGGUCAACCAAAUCAUAUUACUGAAGGAUAUCAUCUACAAGGUCAAAACGAUUUUUAAUAAUGAGUUUAAUGCUGCAUAUAAACAAAAAGAGUUUGAAAUUGCACGAGUGAGAGAAAAAAAUGUAAGAAUUCAAGAGAUUAUUUUAGAUCUGGAGUUGGAGGAAAAAGUUUGGCAACCAGAAUUUGAAGAAUGUGAGAAGCCAGAGAGAACCCUGGUUGUGGAAGACCAUGAGAUUACAGCUAGCAAAUACGUAAAACCAUGGAAAAAAGCCAAAGGUGAAUUGAUCAUGACCCCAAAAUUGGAGCGAUGGUUUGCCUUUCAGAGCUCCGAUGUGAGGCAGCGAGCCCUAAUGGACAUGAUGGGAGGUGUUCUAGAAGUCAAGAAGGAAGACAUCUUGAAAAUGGCUGUUCCUCAGCCUACUUUCAUGGCCAAACCUGAUGCUUUGUGGUCUGAAGAAGAAAAGAAACAAUUCAAAGACUAUGAGAAAAAGGUCAAGGAGCUAAAUGAAGAAAGAGAUAAGUAUAGAAAGUCGCUAGAAGCAGAAAUGAAGAAACUUCAGAGUAUUAUUCAAGAAAGCACACAGUCCUUCGAUGAAUAUUUGAAAAGACUCUUUGGAAAGAGAGUGAAUGCAGAGAUGGUUGUUAACCAGGAGGAAUUGAAAAUAAAUAAUCUUCUUUUCUCUUUACUGUUGGAUGAAGAAAUAAACUCCAGAGAAUUGUGUCUGAACAACUACCUUGCAAGGAAGCAGGGGAAGAAAAUCCAGACUGCAGCGGCUAUCCAGAAUGCUAAGGAAGACCUGGACACAUACAAGGAGUACUAUGACAACUUAGUGGCUGAAGACAAAGUUCUGGACCGCAGCUUUAAAAAGGAGUUUUCUGAACUCCCCAUUCAACAGGUGGAUGUGCUCUACAAACUCUUCAAACGCCGGCCAAGGAUUCCCAAGCAGAAAACACACCAGGAUACGGCCAGUGUUGUCCCUUUUGGAGAACGACUAGGAACGGACAGACUGAAUAAGGGAGCUUCUGCACAGUUCAUGAAAGCCAUGGAUGAGUUGGACAAUAUUAAUAACAUGCCUGAAGGUUUGGAUGUCAUGGUCUGGGAGCAUUUCUGUGCAACUAGAAGAGCGAAAGUGGAAAAUGAACAGAAAGUAAAGCAGAAAGCAGCUGGCUUAAUGGAAAUGCUGGCUUUUCUCCGGAAGAGAAUUGAGGAUGAUGAAAAGGUGCAAAAGAACAUUGAAAAAGUGUUCCAUGAACUCAUCGUAUUACAGGAAGAGAAAGUGGAAUUCCAGUUGAAUUUGACCAUCCAAAUUCUUCUUAAACAAGGACAAGUAGAACUGGAGAAUUUCCAAUUGACUCUGGACUAUUCCGAUGCAAUUCUCAUCAAUAAGAACAUAAUUGAGGACUUGAAUUCUGUGAUUCGGACCCAAGGACAAAAGAAAGUCAGUAGCAUGGUGGAGAGUAAGAAUGUUCACAAAGGGAUCUAUCAGAUGGAGUGGGAACAUAAGAAGAUGGAGAUGGAAAUGGAAGAUCUCAAUCAGAAGGCUUGGGAUAUUCAGAUGCUGUUUUUUUCAAGAGAUCGUCAAAAAUUCCUAAAUGAACCACACUAUGAAACUUUGAUAGCAAUUCAGAUUGGAAUAAUGGAGCAAACCAUAGCUGUUUUAGAUAAGACUCACAAGAAGAAUGUGGAACACUGUAAAAAACUACUUAAAAAAUUGGGAAGAUUCAGCAAUCACAAAGAUGUAGCAAAUUAUACUCUAAGCUGCAAUUUGCAAGAAGAGCUGGUAGCUGUCUCAGAGAGAAGAGACAUCUGUAAUGCUAUUGGAUCUAAACUGACUUGUGAAAAGAUUGCCAAAGAACGAUAUGAUGACAUGAUGCAACAACAAAAAUUAACAAGUAUUUCAAAACAACAAACUGAACAGAUUUUAAUUCUGCAGGCUGAAGUCGAAAGAUUAAGGAUGAGAACAUUUCCUGCUCUUGUUCCAAUGUAA